CGUUGCUCCACACUUUCCUCCUACCCAAGUGGUAUCAAUGUUGUCUGGCAAUGGUGUGUAAGGAGAACGUGGUAUCAUGGUUUGGGAAUCUGUCCAGUUAUAAACGUAUCGAUGUAAUGUGCACAUUGCUGAACAUGUGCGUGCCAUUUGAGGUACGAUAUCUCGGUACGUGUAUCGAGGAUAUCGGCAAACGGGAUUACAAUGACCUACGUGAUGUGGAACACCAUGCAAACAGCGUCUCGGAGCUGGCCGAGUUGACUUCCAGCGUGACAGAUAAACGCACGCGAAGAAAACUAGCUCUUUACAUGGCACUGUUGCACUCGUGCAAUUACGCCUGUGCGGUGAUCUUGUACAAAAAUCUGUCGAAUUUUGAUCAUCAGGAGAUCACCAAUCUGUUAAACGGGACCACUUUCAGCGUGGACGAUCAACCCCUGGAAGAAUUGUUACUGCUGUAUACGAUGGCACUGAAUCAUCCAGCGUUCACAUACGAACAGAAAAGCGUAUUCGGCAACAUAUUCAUUAAACUCCAGGAAGAAGAAGCUCGUCUGAAUCUUUCAAAGAUAAACUCUUCUUUCAAACCGACCCAAUUUAAAUUUAUGCAGGGCUGUACACCAUGCAUGAGUACAAACGAAAGAUUAAUGGAGCCUGAGAUACCGGGUAGCUGCUUAAUGCCACCACCGCCAAUGCAAUCUUAUCAUGGAGAAAUGGGGAUGAGGAAUAAUGCUAUAGUCACAGGAGUACCACCUGGUCUCACGAUACCUCCACCAGGACUUUGUUUGCCUGGUCCAGAGCAAAUGCCUAUGGGAUCUGGCGGUACAACGCAGUACGUUCAACUCGGUUUUCCAUCCAUGAAUCAUCUGCCUCCUUGGCCAAGUCAGGUUAUGAUGGGAAAUCAGCUGAUGUAUCACAGCGACGUGUUAGCUUAUCCCGCUUCCCCCUUAGUCAGCCGCCAAUCCUCGCCAUCUCAAUCACGAUCUCCUAGUCGCAGUAAUUCGCCAAUGGGCCGUAACAGGACUGUUAACUCGCGCGCCUCAUCCUCGCAAUCUACCCAAUCCACAUCAACCAGUCUCACAUCGUCGAGCGUCUCAAACAACCAGACAAGCAGCUCCGUUUCGAACACUACUAGUAAUAGCAACAACUCUCUGCCGCCUUUACCAGCGCCCGGUGCAAACAGAAGUCUUCCUAGUCAAUCGCCAUUACUCCCAUCAUCGCGAUCCGUUUCUUUAUCGAACUCGUCGGGUUUUUCUCGGCAUAAUAUCGAUAAUACCCCAUCGUCUACUCUGAUUUCGGCAACUCAAUCGAAACAACCUCCACCACCACCACGACUUAGGUCAUCUAAUUCUGGCGAUUCCCUUCGAGAGACUUUGAGUAAAGAAAUGCCGAAUUUUAAGGGUAAUCUGCAGAACUUCUCUCGCGAUGAGAUCAGAAGAAUGAGUGAUGAAGAUUUAAGGGACAUCGGCUUGACACCGAACGCAGUGGGACAAUUGCGGAGUAUAGUUAAAAGUCAAACCAGCAAUGGCUUAAAUCAAAUUUCAACGGAUAAGAAGCUGGAUAGCGUAAACAGUACCUCACAUUCACUCGCCGAAUCGAUGGAGAAUGAAGCAUCUGGCAUAGAGAUUUUGGGGGAUUCGAGCAAUAGUACAAGCGGGAAAUCAAUGCCACUACAAGAACACCAUCCAGCGGUGCAUCAUUAUCACAAUCAUAUGACUACUCCAAAUGUACGGCGCUAUCCUGGUAUGCCAUCGAUAGAUCCGGCGCAAAUACAAAUGUAUCCUGCACCACCAAUGUAUACAACUCAGAAUUCACCAUGUUAUGCUUGUCUCACUGUACCAGUAGCUGGAAUGCAAAAUCGAUAUUCGAGGUGUAAUGCUCAGCAUGUGUAUUGCCUUGGACAACUUCAAGCAUUGCGACUCGACUCCGAGAGCAGCCGGCACUGUUCCCAAAGCAGCAGUUCUGAUAGUACCGGUAGUAGAUCGCCCCCCGAGACGCCACCGGCUGCGCCGUGGGUCAGUAGCAACAGUGGCGGUGACAACAACGUUGCACCGCCUGCUACUGACCAUAUGACUUCCGCGCCGGUGCAUUCCACGGCGACGGCUCCGCCACAUGUCGUGUCAGCACCCCAGCAGUCGUCAAUGCAAUCGUCGGUGCCACCGGAGAGCAGGCAACUUACCAGAAAAAAUUCGCAGACACGCACGAUGCGACAGAAGAGCCAGGGAAUACUGAACGGGGCCGGCAAUGGUAACAGUGGACCGCCGAGUCUGUCACACUGUGUCACCUUCCCGGCGCCACCGACACAUUCACAACUCACGUAUCUGCCACACGGUCACUUCCCAACUACAUUACGUCCCAGUAGCGGUAUUUACUCCAAUUUUUUGCAUGGGCCAUCCGCACGACCAGCUUAUCAACCAGCGUAUCAACCGAACGGCGAGAUUAUGUAUCCAUUCACGGGACAUCCCGCAUCUGGUAGCACUCCACCGCCGCCACCACCACCGAACGCAGCUGCCGCGGCACCAGUACAAGCGUCGUACAUGCCACCUACGCCGGUGGUAACGUAUGCAGCGGCGGUAAUACCACAGACAAAGAUCUCUUGUUAUAACUGUGGCAGUAAUAGUCAUCUCGCAAUAGAUUGCAAGGAUCAGACGAUGGAAGACAUUACGAAGAAAGCCCAAUACCGACUGGAUUACACGAUAAUGAAGCAACCUGGGGAGUGUCCGAGUUCCGACAAGUGAUCUCCUGCCA